AUGGCGGUGGCGAUCCUCGACGUUGAAGACAAGCGAGUUGUCGACGAGAAGAAGGUUGCAGCCGACAAGGAUGGCGAGCAGACAGAGGGGUGGAAACGCAGCAAUCAGAAGACGGGUGGCAACGCGAGCAGGAGCAGCGCGCCGUUCUGUCUGACACGUCGGGCAGCGACCAUCGGUGUAUGGCCUGUUCCUGUUCCUGCAGUUGACCAACGCAACGCGCUCGACGCUGGCCCCGCUCGACGUCUAUGCAUGGCUCAAGGGGCGAGCAUACGCGAUUCUGUUAGGACGCUAGCAGAAUUUAUCGAAGUCAGGUGGAGUGAGACACGCGGUCGAGAAGAACCUCGCGUGCGGUUCGGUGUUUUCCUGUUGACAGCUGUCCGCGUGGCGACCCAGCGAACGCCCUCGUUAAAGUGGCUUCGCGUAAAUGGCAUCGCACGCGCCGCGUACAGCAGCGGUCACAUGAUUUUCUCGGGUUCUUUUCUUCGUCAAGUUUUUCUGAUUGAUUUCUUGCACUGA